UCUACGUCUUGCAGUUAAUAAGUUACGUUUAACGGAAUCAUGUGGACUAUUCUGUACGGUUUAACAAUUUUGUUUGUGUUUUACUAUAUUAUUAUUUAUAUAAAAUGGAGAAAAGAUAUAUACAAAGAUAUUGAAAAAAUUUCUGGUCCAAAAACUUAUCCUCUUAUUGGAACUUUGUACCAUUUCUUCGGGGCGAAUCGAUACGACAUAUCUCGAAUUUUAUCAGAAAUAACAGCGAAAUACAAACCGUUUUAUCGAUUAUGGAACGCUUUAAUACCAGAAGUUCACGUAAUGAAACCAGAACAUCUCGAGCAAAUAAUGAGCAGUUCUGUUCAAAUUAGAAAGGGAUCUCGUUAUCGCUUCCUAAGAAAAUGGCUAGGGGAUGGUUUAUUAUUGAGUGAUGGUGCUAAAUGGCAUCAACGUAGAAAACUUAUUACGCCAACUUUCCAUUUUAAAAUCCUAGACAACUUUAUGGAUGUCUUUACAGAAAAUAGUAAAAUUCUCAUAGAUCAUUUAGAAACAAAAUGUGAUUGUGAAGGAUUUGAUAUUUACCCUUACAUUGCGCACUGCGCUUUAGAUAUAAUAUGUGAAACAGCAAUGGGAGUUUCUAUAAACGCUAUGACUGACAGAAAUAGUAAUUAUGCUGGAGCAAUAUACAGAACGAGUCAAUUGGUUAUAAAAAGAAUGUUCUCAGCUAUACACCAAACCAAACUAUAUCCAUUGAUGAAAAGCGGAAGAGCUUUUAAUCAAAACUUAAAAAUUAUGCAUGGCUUCACUGAUAAAGUAAUCAAAGAAAGAAGAAAAUUGCUAAAUGAAAACCCAAUACCCACUGAAAAUACGAACGAUGUCGAUUUCACGAUGAAAAAGAAACGCUUAUCUUUCUUAGAUCUUUUAUUAGAUAAAUCUUAUAAUCUCUCCGAUAGUGAUAUUCGUGAAGAAGUGGAUACCUUUAUGUUUGAAGGACAUGACACCACUACAGGUGCUAUUUGUUGGAGUUUAUUUUUAUUAGCAAAUAACCCCGGCAUACAGGAAAAAGUUUAUGAAGAAGUUAAAAAUGUACUACAUGAUAAAAAAGUACCAACUUCGAUAUCUGAAUUAAAUGAAAUGAGAUAUUUGGAAUGUUGUGUAAAAGAAGCUUUAAGAUUAUAUCCUAGUGUACCGGCAAUUGUAAGAAGUGUUGUAGAAGAUAUAAACAUAGAUGGUUACCGUAUUCCAAAAGGAACGGAUUGUGUAAUUCAUAUUUACGAUGCCCAUAAAAAUCCUGAGAUAUUUCCAAAUCCGGAAAUAUUUGACCCGGAUAGAUUCAUAGCUGAAAAUACCAUAAAAAGACAUCCCUAUGCCUAUAUACCAUUUAGCGCUGGUCCCAGAAACUGCAUAGGACAGAAGUUUGCUAUGUACGAAGAAAAAACAUUGUUAGCUUCCAUUAUUCGGUCAUUUAAUGUUCUGCCUAUUGAUACAAAGGAUACAGUUAAGUUGGUCUUUGAGUUAACUUUACGGUCAGUUAAUGGAAUAAAAAUUCGAUUGGAGAAGAGGGUCGAUUAAACAGUACACACUAUUUGAAAUGUAAUAAAUGUCGUAACAGUAAAAUUCACAGACAGAUAUUAUCACAUUAUAUUCAUUUAGAUAGGCAUUAAGUACUCUAAUAAACCACCACUUCAUAGAUACCGACUCCAAACAUCACGACUCUCGAUGUGAAUAAAAGGCUUCGCUCAUGAAUAGUAAAAACUGAGGGUAGCAGAAGCGAGAGGCAUUGUUGAAACAUUUUAUGUAAACAGGGAGUCACAAAACUAUUUGCACACGUUGAGUAAAUUAGAUAGCACAUCAGCUAUUAAAUUGAUUGAACUCUAUCAAUUAAUUUUCUGCCAAAGAUGGAUAUCCGAAAAUGUUUCAAUUAACUACCUCAGUUAAUUUCAUACGGCAAAACCUCUUCAUAAAAAUUAUUCCAAAAGUGCUCACAAAUAUCGGAUUUUAAUUUUUUUUUCAUAAGCAUAUUUCAUAUCGACCGGUAGGAUUAACAGAUCACUUUUUUAUGUAUUUGUGGCAUUACACCAUACAUUAAAUCUUGAUCCUCGUUUCAUAUUUAGCGAUACUUCAUGAGUACAUUUUUUCAAAACAUCAAAGCAACUCUGAACUUUGAUAUUUUUCACACGGCGUUUACAAACGAUAUACGAAUUAAUACUGACUGUGUCAAGCAUUGAAUAUACAAGCUUGAAUGGUCCCUUUCUAGUUUCCAUGCAGCGGUUUCAAUUUAGCUCAUCGAAAGUCAAUACUUUCAAUACCUUCUAAUUGUCACGGAGUACAACAUAUUUGUCUAUUUGCAAAUUCCUUGAACGAAUUCAUUUUAUUAAUAUGCGAAUUUCAUGACCAAAUGAGAAUACAGACUAUAAAUAAAGAUAAUUAAUCAAUUUAGUAAAAGCAACCUUCAACUAAAGUAAAAAGAAAAUCAAUGCGUGCUUAUCGAAAACAGUUUACGUUUCAAUAUUAAUUAAUCGUAAGCAUAUUAAUGGAGGCGAGGACGUUUACUAAAGUCUUCCAAAAGUUUUUCCGCUGAGUAAGCAUCGAUAUUAAUUACCAUUUCAUCAAUCAACCAAAACUAGAGCCGUAGCUUGUCAUGGCGGAAUUUUGCUAACGAACUUUUCCUAACUGCGCGAGAUAUUAAUUAUCUUUUUAGUGCAAACGGAUUAUUCUGUCGGCACAAUUUUAGAUUGCAAAAAAAAUCAAAUCAAUUUUUUUGCAGUGCAUUCAUGUCUUUAUUGCACGAGAUAUUACAUCACAGCCGAUUGCGUUUCAAUAAAAGGAAUCAAAUCGUUGAAUAUGAAAAAUUUGUAUUGUUACAUAAAAAUUUGAGGAAUACAUUAAAUAAAUAAAAUAUUUAAAUUAUUGAACGAAAAAUGGGCUCAAUUAUCAAUAUGCGUACAAUGUAAUUUAUCUUUAUCUCUAGAUUAAAAAAAAAACAUUC